AACAGCCUGAGGAACGCGCUGCUUCUCACCGCCAGGCAACUGCUAGUUUUAGUCCACCCUCAGACAUCAUAUCAUUAUCCUAAAGCCAAAGAUCUCAGUGAAAAUUACUACUGCUUCGCAGUUUAGCCACCCCACUUUCCCCUUCUCUCCUGUGACUGGUGCAUUCUAAAAUCGUACUCUGCUCCAAGCUCUCCUUACCUCCGUCGUACCCCUCCAAAGAAGCCUCUACCCCGCCAAGCAUCUUGCCCACCUGCUACCACCUAACACCUUAUUAACCCACGGUCUCUCUGGGUGACUUCGACCCACUUGGUAUCCUGCUCGAAGGCCGAGGUGUGUGACGCACAGCAACAUCAGACUUGCGAGCGCGAUGUCUGUUUCCAUACAGGAGUUGGACAACACUGUCCGAGCCUUCUACGAAGGCAAAGGCGAUCUGCAAAAACAAGCCCAGCAGACUCUGACCGAUUUCAAACAAAAUGAAGACGCCUGGAUGCUUGCAGCAAAUAUCCUCCAAGAGUCCUCAUAUCCACAAACCAAAUAUCUUGCUCUUCAAGUUCUUGACGAUGUGAUCAUGACACGGUGGAAGAUUUUACCUAAAGAACAAUGCUUAGGCAUUCGAAAUUUUAUCGUUCAAUUUAUCCUCCAAGCCUCCGAAACAGAGGAGAAGCUAAGGAGUCAACGCGUCCUUUUGAACAAGCUUAACCUGGUGCUUGUGUCGAUUUUGAAACAAGAAUGGCCACACAACUGGCCAACAUUCAUCAAUGAUAUUAUCCAGUCGUGCCACUCGAGUCUUUCGGUUUGCGAGAACAAUAUGGCCAUCCUUCGCUUGUUGUCCGAAGAAGUCUUCGAUUUCUCUCAAGAUCAAAUGACUUCCGUGAAAGCGAGGAACCUGAAGACUUCUAUGACCCAAGAGUUUUCCUCCAUUUUUCAACUGUGCAGCCAGGUAUUGGAUAACGCCAACCAGGCGAGCUUGAUUAAAGCUACGCUGGAGACACUACUGAGGUUUUUGAAUUGGAUUCCGCUCGGAUACAUUUUCGAAACGAACAUCAUUACUACCCUUCUCACUCGCUUUCUGGGCAAUGCAGAGUACCGCAAUAUAACUCUCAAAUGCCUUACAGAGAUUGGUGGACUCCAGAUUGGUAACCCUUAUAAUUACGACGAUCAGUUGGUUCGCAUGUUUACGGAAACUUUGAACACUGUCUCAGAGAUCAUUCCUUUAUCGCUGGAUUUGAAGCAGACAUAUUCAAAGAGCAACUCACGAGAUCAGGAGUUCGUGCUCAAUCUGGCUCUUUUCCUUUGCAGUUUCUUUAGUGCUCAUCUCAAUCUUAUUGAGACGCUUCCGAACCGUGACUACCUAACUCACGCCCAUUUUUACCUGAUUCGUAUUAGUCAAAUCGACGAUAGGGAGGUGUUCAAGAUCUGCUUGGAAUAUUGGACAAAACUCGUGCAAGAACUCUAUGAAGAGAUGCAACAGCUUCCAAUUACUGACAUAAACCCCCUGGUGAGCAUGGGUGUAAGUGGGUUAUCAAACGGAGGCGCCCCUCAUCCCAGUGCACUGGCCAACUACGCUCUUCGCAAACACAAAUACGAGGAGGUUCUCUCCAGCCUGCGUACCGUCAUGAUUGAGAAAAUUGUUCGGCCCGAAGAAGUUCUCGUCGUGGAGAAUGACGAGGGUGAAAUUGUUCGCGAAUUCGUUAAGGAAAGCGACACAAUCCAGCUCUACAAGACCAUUCGCGAAUGCCUCGUUUACCUCACUCAUUUAGACGUGGUCGAUACAGAGAAUAUCAUGAUUGAGAAGCUAGCCAAGCAGGUUGACGGGUCCGAGUGGUCUUGGAACAAUUGCAAUACUCUUUGCUGGGCAAUUGGAUCGAUUUCUGGAGCUAUGAACGAGGAGACUGAGAAGAGAUUCCUCGUCAACGUCAUCAAGGAUCUUCUCGGCCUGACCGAGAUGAAGCGCGGAAAAGAUAACAAAGCGGUUGUUGCUAGUAACAUCAUGUAUAUUGUGGGACAAUACCCGAGGUUUCUGAAAGCGCACUGGAAAUUCUUGAAGACGGUGGUCAACAAGUUGUUCGAGUUCAUGCAUGAAACGCACGAAGGUGUUCAGGAUAUGGCUUGCGAUACCUUCAUCAAGAUCGCCAACAAAUGCCGACGACACUUCGUUGCUCUCCAGCCAGGCGAGAACGAACCUUUUAUCGAGGAAAUAGUUCGCAAUAUGAGAAAAAUCACUUGCGAUCUCUCACCCCAGCAAGUGCAUACUUUCUAUGAGGCUUGCGGUUAUAUGAUUUCCGCUCAAGGUCAGAAAGGUCUGCAGGACCGACUAAUUGAGAAUCUCAUGUCGUUGCCCAAUGUCGCUUGGGAUUCCAUCAUUGCACAGGCAUCACAAGAUCCUAAAGUCCUGGAAGAUGGCGAAACAAUCAAAAUCGUUGGCAACAUCAUGAAAACUAAUGUGGCUGCUUGUUCUUCGAUUGGAACAUACUUCUAUUCUCAACUCGGACGGAUAUACCUUGACAUGUUGAACAUGUACCGGGCAUCCAGUCAGCUCAUUAACACUGCUGUUGCACAAGAUGGUGAAAUCGCAACAAAGACUCCCAAAGUCAGGGGCCUCAGGACCAUCAAAAAGGAAAUUUUGAAGCUCAUAGACACUUACGUGCAGAAGGCUGAUGAUUUGGAGAUGGUAAAUUCGAGCAUGGUACCACCAUUACUUGAGGCUGUUCUCGUGGACUACAACCACAAUGUGCCAGACGCACGUGAGGCAGAAGUACUGAACGUUAUGACUACCAUUAUUCAUAAGCUACACAAUCUUAUGGAGGAUAAGGUUCCCAUGAUCAUGGAGAGUGUAUUCGAAUGUACCUUGGAAAUGAUUAACAAGGACUACUACGAAUAUCCGGAUCAUCGCGUGCAGUUCUUCAAACUGCUGCAAGCGAUCAACUUGUAUUGCUUUCCAGCCUUACUCAAGCUUCAGCCCCCCCAGUUCAAGAUUGUCAUUGACUCUUGCAUGUGGGCAAGUAAGCAUGUCAAUCGUGAAGUUGAGACUACCGGCCUUACAAUGUGCCUUGAACUCAUAAACAAUAUGGCGGAAACGGACAUCCAAACAUCGAACGCAUUCUUUCACCGGUUCUUUCUUCAGAUCCUUGGGGAUGUGUUCUAUGUACUUUGUGACAGUGACCACAAGGCCGGUUUCAAAUCUCAGGCUAUGCUCCUGUCGCGCAUGUUCUACCUCAUUGAAUCGGGCAAAGUACAACAGCCUAUCUACUCCCCUGACCAAGCGCCCUUGGGAACACCCAACAAAGACUUUUUGCAAGGGUAUUUGGCGAACACCUUACACAACGCAUUCAAGAACCUUCAAGAAAUUCCAGCCAAACAAUUUGUCGUCGGGUUAUUUACCUACAACGAUGAUUUCAACAAGUUCAAGACACACUUGCGAGAUUUCUUAAUCUCCUUGAAAGAAAAUGCAGGCGACAACGCCGAAUUGUAUGCAGACGAAAGGGAGCAGGCAGCGCGAGACGCCAAGGCCGCCGAACGGGAUCGUGCACUGAAAGUUGGAGGCUUGUUGAAGCCGUCCGAAAUGGAUCAGGAUGAAGAAAUCUGACUUGAAAAGGAGCUACGUGAGGAGUUAUCUCCGUUCACAAGGACCGGAGACUCUGAAGUCUUAGCGCGCAGUGAUCCAUCUGAUGGCUGGUCGUAUUAUGGGUUCUGAAAUCGACCAACGCCCAACAACAUAUCAUAUCCAAAACUGACCCGUUCGCGAGCAACACCACCUCAACCACCUGUGCCUACUUCUACUUCAGUGUUUAUGCUUCAGGGUAGACCAAUUCUAUAUUCCUUCAAUUUGGAGCACCCCUUGGCAUGAUUCAUAUCAGCCGUCAAUUAAUUGUUGCCUUCAAAUGUUACGUUUCAGCGGAAGCCCAGACAAUCUGAUACCUUGUUAAAUUGAAAGACGAA